AUGUCUAUCUUCUCCACAAUCCGAAAAACCCGGAAGGACGCCAAGGACCAAAAUGCCAAGUUAGCUGAGCAGAAGAAGAAAGAGGAGGAGACGACACCAUAUCGCCAUGUCCCUACCCACGCAGCCACAGAUGCGUUUGCCAGUGCGCCCCCAAGAUGGAGAGAGGCUGCUGAUCGAGCCAGGAUCAUUGAGCAUAACCAAAGACGUAGCGCAAUGGCAUCAGGAUCCUCCCAAGUGAGCCUGCCCUCGCCAACUGUUCCCCGCGUUGGGAGCUCGCUAUCAUAUGUCUCGUUUCCAGGAAGCCCAAUGAGCCUCAGGGCAAGAAUGCCCAAGUCGUACAGCUACUCUGGUGUCUCGCCUUACUCGGAUGGCAACCGCGAUGUCAUAUAUUCUGCCCCAAGCAGCGCUUAUGCAAAGCCCGCUCCUUUCAAGGAGCAGUGGCAUGCGGAGAGCACCAGCGACGAGACCAGCUCCCAGGAUGAACUUGAAAUGAGGAAGCCUCAAAGGGAGUCUGUACCCCAAUCGAAUGGACCCAAGGACUCACCCCAUCGUCUUCAUCCUGCCAGCCGUUCCAGGCGGACUUCUGAUGCGUCCCUUGACAGACGUGCUGUAUCCAAUUCCACCUCCCAAAAGGCACAUGGAAAGUCGACCUCCUCCCGAGACUCGAGACCUCCCCCCUCUAUGAGAGGCUUUUCUCAUGCCGCUCCAACACCCUCCUUAGUACCAACUCAAUCAUACAACACCCCCGGACCAAGUCCUGGAAAUGAUAUGGCGACAAGCCCAACCCAGCCUGAUGCUACGACCGUGCGUAAUACCAAGUCUUCCCGCCACAACUCGGCCCCAAUCCUCCCAGGACUCACGCUGGAUUCCACAAGGCUGAUGCCCACAUCAAACCCUUCAUCUCCUUUGGCCCUCGCAACCACUGUGGCGGACGAUUAUCUGGAUAGUCAUACCACCACGCCAAACGGCAACUCCUCAGCUUCCAGCCACGAACCGAACGUGCCGGCUAUAGAGCCAACAAAGAUCCAACCCAAUGUCCAAAGUACGGUCAUCGCUCCUCCGUCGUUGCCAUUGCAUAUGGUUGCACCUUGGGAAGAUGAUCAAAGUCGAGGCAAACACCUCGAUGGCAAGGUCGAGAUUGUCAAUACAUUUCCUGAGCGGGCUGCAGACUUUGAUUCUGGUGAUUCGCCGAAACACAAGACGAAAAGAUUCAGCAAAAGCGGAGGAAAGCUGCUGAAGAAGCAUCGACGAUAG